UGAUUUUUAUUUUCUAAAAACAUUAGAACAUAAAAAUCACUAAUAAAAAAAAACCCUAGAGAGGCGGCGGCGACGAUAAUGGCGAUUUGGAGAUUUUGAUGUUUUCUCGGUGUUUUGCCGUGAUUCUUUGGAUUCUUUUGGUAUGGGGGAUGAGAGUUUCCUUCUUGGUGUCUCUGUAUCGGAUAUUUUGGUUCUUCUCCUACUUAAUGGAAGGAUGGUGGAGAUCUCAUGGCAAGAGAUGAAGAUGGAAGGUCAAUAUUUGUUCGAAUCUAAUCAACUCUGUUCUAAUUGGAGUACCGUUAUGGGAAGGGAAGGAAAGUGGAUGGAUCUAGGUGUCAUAAACAUGCAAUUAGGAAAUCUCUGGGAUGGGAUUUUCAAAAUCAAUCAUCGGGGUUUAUUUCGUGGAUCGCGAAGUCAGGGGGAAAGAAAGGUGAAAUGGCUAGACCAGGGUUACGGGUCACGGUUUGAUAAUUCGGAGCUCAUUGCGAGUUUCUCCAAAACACUCAUUGGUCGGUGUAUGAACCCGCAGAGGCAGGAUAUGAAGAUCCUUCUGUUCAUGCUUCCAAGGAUCUGGAAUAUUGAAGGAAGGGUGGUCGGUACUGAUCUUGGGAUGGGGCGUUUUCAGUUUGCUUUUGAGUUGGAGGAAGACAUUGUGGAGGUUCUGAAGAUGGAACCUUUUCAUUUUGACUAUUGGGUGAUCUUGUUGGUCAGAUGGAGGCCGGUGUUGGAACCGAAUUACCCGUCGAAGAUCACCUUUUGGGUCCGUGUAAUGGAUCUUCCUCUGCAGUUUCGGGCAGCUGAGACUUUCCAGAGUGUGGGAGAAGCCAUAGGAACAGUCCAGGGACCGGUGGACCUCAUUGCAGGGAUGGUUUGAGUGGUGAUCGAUGGUUUCAAGCCACUGGUGUUCUCUAUAACUGUGGAGUUUAAGGAAGGUGUGGAGAUUACGAUGGGGCUCAGAUAUGAGAAGCUUUUCGGGUUUUGCAAGAAUUGUUUUUUUCUUACUCAUGAGCAGUCGCAAUGUCCGGAGCUGAUCAAAGAAGAAGAGGCUACUCUGAAGGUUGAUGACUCUGGUGAGGAUGGAACGGGCGCAACAAGCUUUAAAGCUAUAGUUGCAAACGAGUCGAGGCAGUAUGGUGAACGGAGAGAGGGCCAGUAUGGCCGGUCUCAAGGGUUCCAAGGAGCAAGAGGAAGUGAUAAGGGGAAGGGGAUUACUAGAGAGAAACAAGGACUUCAUAAGCAAGAUGGCGCUUAUCACCCGUAUAAGGAGAAGUUCCAAAGGGGUUAUGGAGAAGGAUCUUCUUUCUAGGGAAGGCACAAUGGAUAUGGGAAUAAGAAGAAGGCGGUUCAGACUAGGGAUUCUCAACAACAACCGUGGCAAGGUGCAGGAGAACAUCGUCUUCUGAACCCAACUAAGCUUAUGCUUGACGCUUUCAAAGGCGUUACGGGGUCUCAUGAGUCGGGUGGUGUUAAGGGGAUUGGAUCAAAAGGUAAUGCUUCUUCUUCAAAAGCUCGCAAGUCACUAUCAUUUAACGAAGCGGCGCCUGAAGUUCAGAGCGAGGAGAUGGGUCAAAUGGAAGCGUUGCUGACAGAUACUCUGGCCGUACAGGAACAAGGUGAACUUGUUGCGGAAGCUAAAGCGGCCGCGGAGCAGUCUUUUCAUUCUGAGGCGUUAGAUGAGGCGAAUCAGAUGAUUGAUGGAGUGAUCCUGUCUGACUCAGAGCUUCAAGUGGAGGGAGAUGAUCUAGAGGACUGGGAACAAGGUGAGAUUAUGGAUUUUGCCGAGGAAGAUGGUUUAGUUGUGGGUGAUCAAGACUUGGGUAUGCAAGAGUUAGGUGAUCAGGAGCUGGGUGAUCAGAAGUUGGGUGUUCAGGAACAGAAUGAUCCAGUUGAUGAGGUGAAUGUGCAGGUACCAGAGAAUAAGAGCGGGGAGGAGCCAAAUGAUGAGAAGGCGUCAAAGAAGAAGGAGAUGAAGCAAGAGGCUGCGAUGACAGGAGGAGUUAAGAAACGUGUGGGGCACGCCUUUGCCUCUCCCCGCAAGAAGCUUCUGGCUAAGGUGGCCGCGAAGCAGGGGGACAAAGCUAAGAAGGGCAUGCCUAAAGCAUGGAACCCAGUCGAGUAAGGGGUCUGCAAUUUUCUCAAUUUACUUUGAAUAAUGUUGGAUUCAGUUAUGAAAUCCGUUAGAAUUGAGUCUGGUCCUAGUGGUUUAAUUGUUAUGUCUUUCAGUUCCUUUAGACUUAAGCAUGGUUAUUUCUUUGGCUUGGUAUGGUCGUGUCAGAGUUAUGAUGUGUUCUUCAUGGUAUGCGUGUGGUCUAAGGAUUUUAAUAAACGUUUUUCUCUUUGGCA